AAAAAAUGGCGCAUAUGUAGCAUUUCCGGGCUAACGGUCGUUUGGCAGGUUAGCAUAAGUGGCUAAGUAGCUAGGAGGCCUCUUCUAGUGACUCAAACGCUACUCCAAAGGAGGUGGUGAUGGGACCUGAUACCUGAUUGUGGAGAACCACUUCUCAAACUCCAAAUAAAUAGGGACAGUUUAUCAUGGGAUGUGGACAGUUAACCUACAAAAGAUCAGUGCCUGAGAGGCAUAUCUGAGGUUGGCAGGGAUUCUCAUUGGACUCCUCAACAGUCUGGGUCCUUGCCAGCUUGGAUAUUUGAGCCCAGAUCAUUUUGUUGAGUAUUUGAAGGUUGCCUUGUGGAGUAAAAUACUCUGUGAAGACUCAGUAAAAGUUUAAAUAGUCUUCAAACCAAAGUGUUUGGUGUUGGACUGGUGAAAACCGAGGAUGGGGACCAUCUCACUCGACAUAAGGAGGCUUUUGGACGAUUGUGAGUUCUUCAUAACAGACAUCCUGCAAGAUGAGGACCUGAGUGAAAGUACACAAGACACACGAAAAGUCUUGCUCAAUAACUUCCGUGUCGUCCAUGGAAGAUAUCCUCAAGAAUUUCCCUUAAGAGCAGACUUCAGAGAAGAAGAAGGUUCUGAUGACAACCGUAGUUCCAGUCUGGGUCGCUCUGCCCCAUCAGAUGACGCCUCAGUGGCUUCUGACUACCAGGAUGAUGGACCUCUGGAGUACUUUGGAGACAUUGGUCCUGUUGCCGUCCAGGACCUCAGCAACAUCUUGAAGCAAGGCUACCUGGAAAAGAAACGAAGAGAUCACAGCUUCUUCAGCUCAGAGUGGCAGAAGAGAUGGUGUGUCCUGAACAAUUCAAUAUUUUACUACUUUGGGAGUGAAAAAGAUAAGCAGCAGAAAGGCUCCUUCUACAUCAAUGAAUAUGGUGUGCAACUGGCGACCAACCUAAGAAAAGACUCCAAAAAAAAUUCCUGCUUUGAGCUCUUUGCUCCUGGACGACGGGCUUUCCAGUUCACUGCCAGCAGUCCUCAAGAGGCCAGGGAAUGGGUGGACCAAAUCAAUUUUGUCCUUAGAGAUCUCAGCUCCAACUUCAUCCCUGUCGAUGACGAUGAGGAGGAGGAGGAAGAGGAGACCUAUGAUGACAUUGAAGGGAUGACUGGCCCUCCCCCGCCUCGGCCCAGUGCUGCCCUGCACCAGAGGGGCAACCAGGGAGGAGGGCAUGAGAUGGGAGAGGCUGAGGAGGAGGACGACGAGGAUAUCUACGAGGUGCUGCCAGAGGAGGAUUUCUCCGAUCCAACAGAUGAGAGCAGCGAUAAAAACAACAAAUCAGCUUUGUCAUCAGAUUAUGCUAACUACUACCAGUGUUUAUGGGACUGCCAGGCGGACGAGCCAGAUGAGCUGGAUUUCCAGAGAGGAGAUCUCAUCUACAUCAUCAGCAAGGAGUACAACAUUCACGGCUGGUGGGUCGGCGAACUGAACGGCACCGUGGGUAUCGUCCCCAAGGACUUCCUGCAGCCCGCCUACAUCCUGUGAGCUCCAACAGUGCUGCUGCCCAAACAAGAUGCCAUGAAUUUCACACAAAGGCCCGUCACACACUUUUUUACUAUUGGGAAUUUAUCCUUAAAGCAUGCCAUGUAAAUGUACUGAAUACUUACUUAUCACUGACCAAUAUUAACCUUUUUAAGGUCAAUAUUCAUGUAUAAAUGUAAGCUGUUAUCAGCUGAUUAAUUUGUUAUACAUCACUGACAUACAGCAGCAGCUUUGGUAAUUGAUCAAAUGACAGUUUUAAUUCAAGAAAGAUUUUUCCGGAGUGAAUUUGCAGCCUGUUUUCCAAUUUUGUACAUAUGCGUAUUGAUUUAUAAAUAAAAAGAAGCUUUUGAUGGGAUAAAGAGUAAGGUUAUUUGACGUUAACACCUUUUGCAAACCCUGCAGACAUUAAAAUGUCUCCCUUUUUAAUAUACAAAAUGGUUAGAUUAUUGCAAAAGUAACAAAGAGAAUCGUCACUUGUGGUGUAUAUAUUAUAGCUUCAGGACUGCUGCCCAUUAACAGAUCAUUUCAUAUAUACUGGACAGAACAUGUAUUGGACAUUUCUAAUUAACAGGCCCGCCUAGUUUCUGUUGAAUCUGUACAUUUUUAAGUACAAUGUAUUUGAAGUCUGACAUAAAAAUCCU